AUGCUCUGUGACCAAUGCCUGCUGGCAUUGAUCUGAAAUAGCAGAGAGCUACUUGAGUGCUGGAGAUGCCUCACUUCAUCUGCAGGUGUUUGCUUGCCAGGUGGAGCAAAGUGGAUGAUGUCAGAGUCUGGAGAAGGCACUGAAGAAGAUGCAGGUACACUGAGGACUCAGAAAAAAUGAGCCAUGCAUUUUUCUGAAAGCUGAGAAGUAGCCCUCUAUUAGGGUCAUGAAACUACGACAAGUCUUUGUGUCGCUACUGAUGUUUGGAGUAGCUGGUCUACUCCUCUUCAUGUAUCUGCAGGCCUGGACUGAAGAACAGAAUACAGUGUCUGGAGAAAAAUUACAGCAACAGAUAACUAUGCAGGUAGCUGUGCCCUGUGGGAUUGUUGCUCUGUGGGUGCAGAUGUGCCCCAGUGUUGGUAGCACUGAGCCAGCCUGUUCACUUACAUUAGUGUGGUGGGAACCCAGAAAUGACCAGCUUGCUGGGAAAACUCACACGUGCCAGAUUGGACUGCAUGAGGAUUUCAUUCUCCCACCUCCAGAGACACAGAGGAAAGCGGCGCAGAGCAGGCAUAUUCCUCCUGAACUUGGCAGGCAGGAGGUGGCCAUGAUGGGCAGCCAGCAAUGGCAGGGUAAGGCCGACCCUUUUGGUGCAGUAGCUGUCUCCUUGGUGAGCGGACUCUCUGAACAGCAGAAGAUCAGCAAGUCACCCUACAGCCAGUUCAAAAAUUUGCCCCUUGUGCUGCAUCCUUUGAACAAGACUUUGGUUACGGGUGACCAGUGGAAGGAUGUUGAUAGCAUCCAGGAAAAGCGCAGGUCUUUCCUAUAUGAGUUCUGCAAGAAAUACAACAGUAUGAAGAAGUUGAGAACUCACCUGGUGCACAUAGUGUCAAGAAUUUACGUGGAGGACAGGCACAAGGUCCUGUACUGCGAGGUGCCAAAAGCAGGCUGCUCCAAUUGGAAAAGGGUCCUCAUGGUGCUCAAUGGACUUGCCACUUCAGUACGCAAUAUUUCCCAUGAUGAUGUGCACUACGGAAAGCACCUAAGGAAACUGGACAGUUAUGAUCUAAAAGGAAUAUACGCACGUUUGAACACAUACACCAAGACUAUAUUUGUACGUGAUCCUUUGGAAAGACUGGUAUCUGCCUUCAGGGAUAAGUUUGAACAUCCAAAUAGCUAUUACCAUCCAGUGUUUGGGAAGGCAAUAAUUAAGAAGUAUAGACAUAAUGCAAAUGAGGAGGCAUUGGAAACAGGAUCAGGAGUUAAGUUCAAGGAGUUUAUCCAGUAUCUGUUAGAUUCCCAUCGUCCAGUAGGAAUGGACAUUCACUGGGAGCAAGUCAGUAAGCUCUGCUAUCCCUGCCUCAUCAACUAUGAUUUUAUAGGAAAGUUUGAAACUCUGGAAGAGGAUGCCAAUUACUUUUUGCAGCUGGUAGGUGCUCCAGCUGAGCUAAAGUUUCCUAGGUUCAAAGACAGACAUUCCUCCGAUGAGAGAACAAGUGCAGAAGUAGUGAAGCAAUACUUAAAGGAAUUGUCUAAAGAGGAGAGACAGCUGAUCUACGACUUCUAUUACUUGGAUUAUUUAAUGUUCAAUUAUACAUCACCAAUUGUAUAGAAUCAGAAUAGCUUCAGGCUUCUAUUAGAUAUUUAUCAUGUUGGGAUUCAGAAGAACUACUUUGAUGCUACCUCUGAAAGGAAACAGAGUGGCUGCUAAGUGGAGCUGUGUUGGCUUAGUGCAGGUUUUAUAAACUAAAGUGACAUAAAGUUACAAUAAAAUGCACCGAAAAGUAAGACCCAUAAACAGCAUAAAUUGCAGUAAAAUGCCUGAAAGAGCUGCUUAUACCAUUAUUGUGGAAGAGGUAGCACAGCCAGAUGUUACAUUAGCUUACCUAAAGUUCUUUAAGAGUUUAAGAAAAAAUCAUUCGGAGUAGCAUGAUUCCUUUUGGUGUGUCUGCUUCAUAAAUUGGUUUUGAAACUAUUUUUUGAAUGUAUUUUUUACUUUCUGUCUCUUAUUAAUAAAGAAGCAUUGGCUAAUUUUCUAAAGAUGUUUGCAGUAUUCUCAGUUGUAUGAGUUGGCUGUUUGAUUACCAUUGGACUGUAGCUGCUUUUAGAUCUGAGUAUUUUACAUUGGAGGAUGGUCAUGAGAACAAAUGCAUAACACUGCAAAUGACACAGCAACUCAGCUGUUUAGCAGAAUAAGUUUGGGUUGCAACCUGAAAUCACUGUCCACUACCCUAUUUUGACUGAUGUACUAUAUAGAUGAUACAUAACCCUUCUUUCAGAGAACUGAUAUGUGCGUUAAAAUUAACAUUUUAAUUUUACGCUGGAGUCAACCAAAUGAUGAAUACUGUGGCACCAGUAUUUAAGAUAGUCUUCAUAUUUAGCUUAAGGCAAAUUCUUAGACUGGUGGCUAAGGGACAUGGCAAAGUUUGUAUCAAGAAGCAGUUUCAUUGCAACUGCUGUGAUUGCUCUUGGUCUGCCAGUAUCCAAUCAUCAGCCCAGGCCCUGGCAAUCUGUUGCACAAAUAGGGCCAGGAUGUCCCAGGAAGAGAAGUAAUCUCUACAAAAUGGAUAGAGGAAAAUCAGAGUACAAGUAAGUGAAAUGUCCUUUUCCUUUGUUCCCCAAAAAUGUUCAUGACCAGAACUGUUGCUGUUCUUUCCUUUAUCUUGUGUGUAUAUAUGGCAUUUUUAUUCCUUUCACAGGAGUAAUUAUGGGUUCCUGUGACCCACAGGGAGACAGACCAUUUUCCUCACAUACCUUCAUUGCUUGUUUCUCCCUUACUUUUCUCCCCAGAAGAGGAGAAAAUCUAUUUACUGCCUUUAUGGUGCUGAUGCAUAGCCCAGCAGGCUCUUCCCAUCUCUUCUUAAGGCAGGAUGAACUGCUCUGAGAAGAAAAGAUAAGAGCAGACUGGGCAGCCAAAGGCAGAGAUUGUACCAGAUGGGGCUACUGGCACCCGUGGCAAAGCCAGCCCAUUCCCUGGGCUGUGGAACAAAGACAAGAAUGAAAAAGCCCACAAACCAUCAGCAGUAGGAGGCUUGGAGAGGUGCAGAUGUUCAGCACCAACAAGGAGGUACAUGGAUGCCUUAGGGAAGUGAGCACAGUACUACUUUAUGAGCCAUCAUCGUGCAUAGAUAGACCAUGGGUGUUAACAGCGGAAGUGUUUGGAAUGGGACUGUUGAGACCUUUCUUCAGGUAAGUGCCUCAAAUUCUGGUUGCUUUGCUCUUGCCAUGAGUUCUUCCAUGUCAUCAAGGAAGUUGAGUAAAGAAUGAAUGUACACCAACCUUUUGAUUUCCAUAUAUUUGCUUUGUCUUGUCUGAUGUAGGUGUUUGUUAAUUAAUUGCUAAUUUGCAGACAAAAAAAGGAAAGGCUUAUAUACCAAUUUGUUCCCCAAACCAUAUGCAAAUGAAAAGUUUAGCAUGCUAAUAAAGA